CAAUAAUGAUGAAUUCGAUGGUAGACCAAUCGGUACAUCCGGUUGUGACAGUUCCUCAAAUCGUAUCAGUCGUUUCGGAAGUUGAUCAUCAACCAUGUGAUGUGCAAAUAAUGUCAAGUGACAGUCGGCUUUCAAGCGCCCCUCCAGAGGAGUUAGCGUCAAUCUUCGACGAUGGCGAGAAAGGCCUCACUGAAGAGAUUAUCGAAUAUGUCGCUGGAUCCAUGCCAUCUCCUUCCGAAGGAUGCGAAGAAGCUGAACAAAGCAAAGUAAACAUUGAAAGUCAGUCAAACACAGCCAGUAUGGAAAUGUUAUAUCCGAGUGAGCAGAAUCAAGAUGAAUCAAAUCAACCGAAUGGCACUACAUCAACCAGCAAUGUUGAAAAUGAAUCUCCGAAUAUCAGUCCCAAACGCAACUCCUCCGAAGGUGCGCUGCUUACAAAAUGCACAAAGAAACAAGCAUCCACGGAGAUGAAAUUUCGGUGUUUCGAUAUCAAUUGGAGCAAAAUCAGUGACCACCUUCUGGAUCGUUUGCGAGCCCUACAAGAAUUUAAAAAAUCCAAUCCAGGUGUAUUUAUACCCGCAGCGAUACGUAUCACCAAGACAGAACUAACGACAUUGAUAAACACCGUGGUAGAACAGCUUCGAAUUAUCGAUACGAGAAUCAGAGCCGAUACUAUGGAAACAGUCGCACGUUAAAUUCUUGAAAAGUUCCCGGCAUUCGAUUACACUGACGACGAUGGGUUUGGAGGCGGCCAAGGUUACAUCGAGCUGAAAUACAAAAUGAUUAAUCGGAACAACUAUUUAAACCGGUUCAGAAAUUCUCAGCCACAUCAAACACUUAUUAAUUCAAUGAGUCUAAAGAAGAAGCGGAACGAACGAGCAGGAACUCUGAGUGAAUACUGGGCGAAAUCUGCCAACCAGUGUGAUAAGGUUGAUCAAGCAAAAUUGGUUAGAGAUGAACCGAACUUGCUUUCAAACGAAUUUCUGCUCCUAUCACAACCUUACGUUCGGUUCAGGCUUGAUGAGAAAAUUAAUACAGCCAUCAUGUUGAAACAACUGCCGGUUCUACGACGACGUCUCCUUCUGAAUUUCCAUUUCAAUCAGGCUACCGGAGUGAACGUUACAGAAUUUCGUAAAUAUUUUGCAUCGAAGAGGGAAAAAAUCAUCCGGUACUCACAUGCUGUCAAAUCCAAUAAGAAUCUGACAGAGGCAUCAACCGACUUUGAAAUACUGGAAUUUCUUUGUUUGCUUGUAGGAGAGAACUUCGAAGAUUUCCUGAUCAAGAAGGAAAUUGGUACACGUAUUGAUGACAUAUUUAUUGGCAGUCCAGGCCCAAUUAUGGUAUCUGUUGACAUAGGUAAUGAAAGAUCCGUAUUCUACAUCUACGCUAACGAAACGCGAUUGACUGAGGGCGCAGUUGAUAUAAUUACUGCUAUGGAAGAUAUUUUCACUAUACACUUUGUUCAUAAUUUUAUGUACACUAAAGUCUCGUCGAAGUUCAUGGAACUUAUUCAGGAAUACUUCCUGAAGAUAAUAACUAUGGCGGCAUCAAAAUCGAACGCUAGCCGCGUAGGCCAGAGACAGCGUUCAGUCAGAAAAGUGAUUGCUGCCUUAUCAAAUUUCGAAGUUACCAAUCCACCAGACACAGAUGCUUGAUUUACCACUAUUGAAAGGUGUUCAAACCGCUUACGAUGGAUACAAGAAUAACUAAUAAAUAAAUAUAACU